UGGAAACUUUUGGCGGCUGUCAACCUGCGCCUUUUACAAAUGUCGCUCUGGCAACAAAUUGGAGGAAUGUUUUCGUUGUACUCCGUAAAAGAAAUCUUACUUUUCUCGAUUUUGCCUUCAAAUAACGUUAGUGCCAGCAUGUUCGUCUGAUUUUCUGCCGCAUCAUGUAUAUCAAACAGGUGAUUAUUCAGGGGUUUAAGUCCUAUCGUGAACAGACAGUUGUCGAGCCAUUUGAUCCAAGACAUAAUGUAGUAGUUGGCAGAAAUGGUUCUGGCAAGAGUAAUUUUUUUUAUGCCAUCCAAUUUGUCCUAAGCGAUGAAUUUUCCCAUCUUAGACCAGAGCAAAGACAGGCGCUGUUGCAUGAGGGAACAGGACCUCGUGUUAUAUCUGCCCACGUAGAAAUCAUAUUUGACAACUCCGAUGGCAGAUUACCAAUUGAUAAGGAUGAAGUAUACUUAAGAAGAGUGAUUGGUUCCAAGAAGGACCAAUAUUUUCUUAACAAAAAGAUAGUGACGAGGAAUGACGUAAUGAAUUUAUUGGAAUCGGCGGGAUUUUCUAGGUCCAAUCCUUAUUAUAUUGUGAAGCAAGGAAAGAUAAAUCAAAUGGCAACAGCUCCAGAUUCUCAAAGAUUGAAGUUAUUGCGAGAAGUUGCAGGUACUAGGGUGUACGACGAUAGGAGGGAAGAGUCGAAAUCGAUUUUGAAAGAAACAGAAGGCAAAUUGGAGAAGAUUGAGGAUUUUCUGCGAACGAUAGAGGAACGUUUGAAAACGCUUGAGGAAGAAAAGGAGGAGCUGAAAGAAUACCAACGCUGGGACAAACAACGUCGUUGCCUGGAGUAUACGAUCCAUGAGCGCGAACUCAAAGAGAAUAAGAGAAAAUUGGAGGAACUCGAGGAGUCCCGAGCAAAUAGCGGAGCUGAGCAAGCGAGACUGGGAGCGGAAGCAAAAACCGCGCAGGAGAAUGUACGUUCAGCUACGAAGCGCCUGAAAGAAUCGAAGAAGGAAGUGCAGAGCGCCAAGGAGGAAAGAGAUACUCUUAGCGCGGAGCAGCAACAACUGUUAAAAGAGAAGACCAAAUUGACUUUAACUAUCAACGAUUUAUUGGAGGAAGUAAAAGGUGAUAAUGACAGCAGGAAACGUGCUCAACAAGAGUUGGAAAAGCUGAAAGGCAAUAUCGCUCUUCGAGAAGAUGAGCUGAAAUCAAUUAAACCAGAGUACGAACGAAUGAAACGCGUCGAAGAGGAAUGUACGCGAGAAUUACAACUAAAGGAGCAGAAACGUAAAGAAUUGUAUGCUAAACAAGGCCGUGGCAGUCAGUUUACUACUAAAGAUGAAAGGGAUAAGUGGAUACAAAAUGAGCUUAGGCAACUUACGAAGCAGAUAAAGGAUAAAGAGGAGCAUCAGAAGAAGAUUAGCGAAGAUUUAAAACGCGACGCAGAGAAACAAGUAAUUUUGGAGAAAAAAAUAGGAGAUCAUACGCGCGAAAUGGAACGACAACGUACAUCGAUAGAUGACCAUAACAAGCAAUUUUAUGAGCUCACUAAAUCGAAGGAUCAAUGUCAAGCAAAUCGAAAAGAACAAUAUCGACAAGAGAGUGUACUGCAACUGAAUUUGUCUGGUCUAAAAGAAGAUCUGGCUAAAGCGGACCAGAGUCUGAGGUCCAUGGCUGGUAAACCUAUUUUGAACGGUAGAGAUAGUGUGCGCAAAGUAUUGGACACUUUUCGUACCCGGAAGGACAUGGCCCACGAAGUGAGCAGUUACUACGGGCCUGUAAUUGAGAACUUCAAUUGCGACAAGAGUGUUUAUAUGGCGGUAGAGGUAACGGCGGGAAAUCGAUUGUUCCAUCAUAUUGUGGAGACCGAUAAGUUCGGUACGAAAAUUUUGAAAGAGAUGAACAAUCAACGUUUGCCGGGUGAGGUAACCUUCAUGCCUCUGAAUAGACUUCACGUGAAGAAUAUCGAUUAUCCGCAAACCUCCGACGCUAUACCCAUGAUAUCCAAGCUAAAUUAUGAUCCGAAAUAUGACAAGGCGUUAAGAUAUAUAUUUGGAAAAACUUUAAUCUGUCGUAACUUGGAAGCGGCAACGAGCUUGGCGCGAACAUCCGGUCUGGACUGCGUUACAUUGGAGGGAGAUCAAGUUUCAUCCAAAGGCUCCUUGACUGGUGGAUAUUUCAAUACACUUAGGUCGCGUCUUGAGAUACAGAAAACAAGGUCGGAGUUGAUGUCUCAGAUUUCUACCCUCGAGACACAAUUAACGACACUUAAAGAGGAGAUCAGAAAGGCGGACCAAAACAUUAGUUCUUAUGUCAGCGAAAUGCAGAGGACCGAAACUAGAAAUAGUAAAGCUAAGGAUAUAUAUGACAAGAUGAAGGCGGAGAUACGUCUUAUGAAGGAGGAAUUAAGCGCGAUAGAAAGGUACCGGACGCCGAAGGAAAGAAGUCUUGCACAGUGUACAUCUAGUUUAGAAGCGAUGCGUGCGACUAAGGACGGCCUGGAGAGUGAAUUGCAUCAGGAACUCAUGGCGCAACUAUCCGUCGCGGAUCAGCAUCAGGUCGAUACUCUGAAUGACGACAUAAGGCGUCUAACGAAGGAGAACAAGGAAGCGUUCGCGAAGCGAAUGCAGUUGGAGGCGGAGAAGAAUAAGUUAGAAAAUUUAUUAACGAAUAACUUGGUGAGAAGGAAAGACGAGCUUGUUCAAGCUUUACAAGAGAUAUCGGUCGAGGAUCGCCAACGGCAGCUCGACUCAUCGAAGAUCCAACUGGCGGACAUAGAAAAGAGGCUGGUGAAAGUGAACGAAGACUUCAAAGCGCAGAAUGAAAAAGUAACAAGUGCAAUGAAGAAGCAAAAAGCGGAGUCUGCCGAUGUGGAGAAGUGGAAACUGAAAGAAAAGGAGGCGCAGGAGAAGAUAGAGGCCGAUGCGAAGGAUUUGGAGAAACUGGCGAGCAAAGUGAAUAUCCUGCAACAGAAGAUAGUGGAAUGUACGCAGAAGAUCACCGAACUCGGCGCGCUGCCUAGUCAUGAGGCUUAUUCUAAGUUUAGCACAAUGACCACGAAACAGCUUUUUAGAGAGAUGGAAAAGGCAAAUAACCAUUUGAAGAAAUACAGCCAUGUAAAUAAGAAAGCUCUGGAUCAGUUCAUGUCAUUUAGCGACCAAAAGGAGAAAUUAGUGAAACGGAAGGAGGAAUUGGACAGAGGCGACGAGAAAAUUAAAGAACUCAUGUCGGUGCUUGAGCAACGCAAGUGCGAAGCGAUACAAUUUACGUUUAAACAGGUGAGCAAGUAUUUCAGUGAUGUAUUUAACAAGCUCGUACCUUCGGGCCACGCACAAUUGGUCAUGAAAACUGCGGAUGGCGACGAGGAAGAUGACGGAACAGCUGAGCCAGCCGAUUCAGAUAGGUUUAUCGGCGUUGGCAUAAGAGUGUCGUUCACGGGACACAGGGCUGAAAUGCGAGAGAUGAACCAACUAUCCGGCGGACAGAAAUCGCUCGUAGCCCUGGCACUGAUAUUCGCGAUUCAGAAAUGCGAUCCUGCGCCGUUCUACUUGUUCGACGAGAUCGAUCAAGCUCUGGAUGCACAACACAGGAAAGCUGUGGCGGACAUGAUCCAUGAACUUAGCUCGGACGCCCAGUUCAUCACUACGACGUUCAGACCCGAAUUAUUGCAUCACGCGAACAAAUUUUACGGAGUAAAAUUCAGAAAUAAGGUUUCGCACGUUGAAUGCGUGACGCGAGAAGAAGCAGCCGAUUUCGUCGAAGACGACACGACGCACGGUUAAGGAAGAAUAUACUUCUUUUAUACAUAGCGUUUACAGAAAUCAAUAAUCGUUUACUUUUUCAAACGUGAAAUGAUUAUACAAAUCGGAUAAUUUUAUCACUUUAAUCCUCUGACGAUUUUUAAUCGUAGCUUUUUUUUUUUUAAUAUAUCAUGUACGAAAUCAUACGAGGAAAA